UACAACCUAAUAGUUGCAUGGAUUCUUGGUCUGAUUAUGAAUCGUUUACACUGUAUCUCAGAUACGAAGGUACACUUCCACAUGCCUUAGCUACACACAGAUGUUGCAGGACAAUCAUGCAUACUGCAUUUUCUCACAUCGUUGGGUAACUUGGCUGCUGUAUGUUGCAUUUCUUAUCUGAUUAUCAUUAUUCUCUGAAAUGCUAAACUACACUUGCACACACCUUAACUACUCCGAAAACUUGAAUAUUAUUAUUUUUUUUACCUGGAAAUGUCAUAUUAUCAAUAAUUGUGCAAUACUAACUGGUAUUUAUUUUUACUUUUAUUUUGGGCUUUCUGAUAAAUUCAUUCUGUUGCUUUAGAACUAACUUUGGAUUAGAUUAUCUUGUUUUGUCAUUCCUAUAAAUUGUGUGUUACUCUGUGUCUGUGUCACUGUCAUGCUCAAAUUUCUUCAUUGUGGGACAACAAAGGAAUUUUUUUUAUCUAUUAUCCCUUUCAGAGUUAUGUUUAAGAGUGGUGGCUGCAUAGCCCACUUUCUACCAGCUUUGUUUGGCCCAAAAUACUUUAUUUAUCCCAAAUGGAAAUUGAAUAUUGAUGUAACUAAUUUUGUCAAGGAGGUAUUAUAGAUGGUGAUGGCUGUGGGCAGGAAAGAUCUUCUGUAGCGGUCCGUUUUACAACCAAUCUGAAGAAACCUUUGAAGAGACUCUGUUUUCCAAUGACAAUGUCAUAAAGAGGAUGUUCAAGAUUGUCCAUAAUUUUCUUGAUUUUAUGCAAAAUCCUUCUUUGCAUCAUCAUCUUCAGAGGUUCCACAGUCAUCCCCAGAACAGAACCAGCCUUCUUUAUCAGGUUGUGGAGCCUUUUAAGGUCCCUGGCUCUGAUGCUGCUGACCCAACAGAUGAUGACAGAGGAGAUGCCACUCUCAUCAACAAACUUAUAGAAGACAUUCAACAUCUUGCUUGAAACCUUGAAAGAUCUUAGCUUCCUCAAAAAGUACAGUCUGCUCUGUCCUUUCUUGUAGAUGGCUUCACUGUUGCGUCUUCAUUGUAGUCUGUCAUCUAGAUGAACACUGAGGUGUUUAUAGUCCUCAACCACCUCCACUUCUUCUUCCAUGAUGGAAAUUGGGUUUGAGCUAAUCCUGUUUCUCCUGAAAUCUACAAUCAUCUCUUUUUGUUCACAUUCAAGAAGAGAUGAUUGUUUCCACACCAUGCCACAAAGCAGUCCACUAGCUCUCUGUACUCAGCUUCUUGUUCAUCUUUCACACACCUCACAACUGCAGAGUAACCUGAGUAUUUCCGUAGAUGACAGAAGUCGGACUUGUGCUGGAAGUCGGAAGUGUAUGUAGUGAAAAGGGAUGGUGAGAGUAUAAUCCCCUGUGGUGCUCCUGUGUUGCUGACCACCUGGUGAGACACACAGUCCUUCAGUCUCACAUAUACAAUGUAAAAACACAAUUUGUAUUUAUUUUUGACAUUUAUAAUGAUUUAUUUUUUUAUUCUUUACCACUUCUCACAGAGUUCUUUAAAGUGUUAAUUUGCAAACAAGAUGUGGGACUGGGGUUCAAGGCCCCAUCUCCAAGAGGUAUUGCCCUCUUCCAGACAUUUCUAGGCUGGUUGAAAAACAACCUGUGCCAAUUAAAGCUGAGUGGGGUGGGGCCGAGUAGGGCAGGCAAAAUCGAGAAGGCCCAGUGGAAGAGUGGCUCAAGUUUCCUGGUUCAAAUUCCAUGGUAUGUGAGCAGAACCCAGAAUGCACGCUGGACUCCACACAGCGAUAGCACACUGCUCCCUAAGGGAUAAAUGAAAAGGGGGAAAUUUUGUUGAAAUGUAAAAAGUUGCAUGUUUAAUAUUAACAAUAAUAUUGUUAUUAUGGGAGUUGAAGUUAAAUGUGUGAUAUGAUAGAAAUGGCGGAACGUUUUCAAAUAUGGUAAUAUGGCCAUAUUUGCUGUUGGGUCAAACUUUUCCUAUUUGUUGAACAAAUGCUUUUUUAUGCAGAACAGUAUUUCAUUAUCUGCUUGGUAGUUAUUCUUUCAUUCCUGUUUUUACAUUGCACAUUGCUUUUGUGACAACUAGUAUAAAUGGUUUCACCUUUUACAACUGAUUAAUUUGAAGCUUUUAGUCCAAAGGGAAACCAUAUUAAGAGCUUUACCUGGGAUGGCAAAUUGAUUGUUUUAAAUUAGAUAUCAGGAUGUAUUUGUUUUCAGAUUCUUUGACAUCUUUUUCUGAAAGCCAUUUACAGCGUCAGUAGCUUACUGACAAAAUACAUGUUUCCUUAGGAUGCAGCUGAUCCUCAGAUCUCCAUCCUGGAUUUCCCCACAUCUAGUCAAGGGCUGAAGAGGAAGAAGAGAUGGAUUAUCCCUCCUCUUAGUAUUGUUGAGAAUCACAGAGGACCGUUUCCCCAGUUUAUUGCCCAGAUAUGCUCUGAUGAAGCUAAAAUGAUGACGAUGCAAUACAGCAUCACUGGUCCAGGAGCAGAUCAGCCUCCUGUUGGUCUUUUCACCAUGGACAAGGACACUGGUAAUCUGUAUGUCACACAGGAACUGGACAGAGAAAAAAGAAACAUGUACCCCCUUCAAGUACAUGCUGUGGCAUUGGGAAGUACCAGAGCUGCAGAGGAACCCAUGGAUGUUCCUGUCAAUGUAAUUGACCAAAAUGACAGCAAACCAGUUUUUAAUCAGUCUUCUUAUGUGGCAGAAGUUCCAGGGGCCUCACCAACAGGUGAGAAGGUGAUUCAAGUUGUGGCCACAGAUGCUGAUGAACCAAUUACUGGCAAUGCUAUCAUCCGCUACCGUAUCAUCAGCCAGCAGCCAGAGGAGCCCAGUGAAUCCAUGUUUACCAUCAACCCUGUAACUGGAGUCAUCAGAGUCAAUGCUGCUGGACUGGACAGAGAGAAAUUCCCUCAGUACACACUGAGAGUGCAGGCAGUAGACAGGGAGGGAGAAGGAUUGAAUGGAUUCACUGACGUGAUUAUCAAGGUGACAGACAGCAACGAUAACGCUCCAGCCUUUACAGAACCCUCUAUGAAGAUCUAGCUACCAAAAUGGGCAGUCUAGUCAUUCACCUCAGAGAUCCCAGUGAUGACGACCCAAUCCAGUAGGACUGAGGUCUUCCUACAUGGGGAGCCUAUUGUGGAUGAGACCUAAAGGGAAAGAUUGGUUUGGUGUGGAAAAUGUGUUUUAAAAAACAUCUUGGCUUCUCUGCAUCUGUUUUAGUAAAAAUGCGUUUAUGCUUUCUUUACCGCUUUAAAUUUGUCAGAAGGUGAAACAAGAAUGUUACUUUUCUGCAGCUGUUGGUAUAGGUAGAGACUUAAAGCCACUAUUUGUGUCUCUCCGAUCUUUAAGAUUUAUAUGUGGAUGUAUAUCGUCUUCCAUCAAGUGCUUAAGCCUGGAAACAUUCCAUCCUAGUUGAGUCGUCUCAAAGUGCCAGAGUCAGAAAACACUGAAAAGUACAAAGAUUUGUUGUUUGGGUGGAUUUAACCGUUUACUUCCAGAGAACUGGUAUUCUGCCAGGUUUCCUGAAAUUCAUUUAGGUAGCUUUCUGGGCAACACACAGUCAUGUUUAAUAAAUUAGGAUAUCUUUGAAAGAUUAUUUUAUUUCAAUACUCAGCUCACACACAUUUAGUCCACACAGACCGAUUUUUAAAAGCCUUUAUUUCUGUUAAUUAUGACGAUUUCCUGCUGACAGCUAAUGAAAACAUGAUAUCUACAAUUAGAAUAUUAUAGGAGACCAAAAAAAGUAUGUUUAAUCCCUGUUUAAACGCUAUUUUCAAUGUGCCUCAUUAGAACAAAGAUUGUCAUUUAUUGACUAUGAGAGUAGAAGACAAAGAUAUUUAGAAAUGUGUAGAUUUACAGAUGUGAUGGACUGGUGACCUGUCCAGGGUGAACCCUGCUUCUCGUCCAAUGACCGCUGGCGAUGGACCCCUGUCCUCCUGCAACCCUGCACAGGGAAGCAGCUAAAGGAUGGAUGGAUGAAUAGAAUUACAGAGUUCACCUUUGCAGGUGUCACAUAUUUUGUUUGAGCUGAUGCCUCAUGCUUUUGAAAAACCCACAUAAAUGAACUAUUUGCAUAUAUUUUUAUGAUUUUUUGCUGAAACUCGUUGCUUACUGGUGGCAGUUUUAUUACUCUAAUUUUGUUAAGUAAUGUCUUACAUCCUGCAUCUUUCAACAAAUGCAAAUAAAACUUUGAUUCAAACUGCA